UAUUAAAAUAUUUAAAGAAAUAAAAAAGUAAACUAUUUAGAUAUUUAUGGAUGAGAGCUUAAAUGCCUUGUGAGCAGCAAUCGGAAGAUGUUUGAUGCAUAUAUGAAAUGAAAUAAAAAACCAGAUUUCAUUCGAAAAAUUCACAGUUAAAAUGCGUUAAUAAAACUGCAAUCAGCCAGUGUCAGCUAGUCUAUCACGGACAAACCAAGUACAAUGAAUACGUCCAGCACACAUUCGUUUGCGUCAUCUGCAUCUGUAUAUGCAUCAGCUACAAACUUUUUUAAGAAUGAUUUAAUCCCGUCUACGGUCACCCAUUCAUCACAGGAUGAUCUGGGUGAUAUUAAUCAAAGCGCUGAGUUACAAUGUCUACUGCAAGAGCACAUUGAUGCAACGACCUUUGGCAAUACCACCGAAUACUGUCUUACCCAAUUUGAUACGAUACUCUGUUGGCCACGUACAUCGCGUGCUACCAUAGCGUUGCUGCCGUGCUUGGAUGAAUUUCAAGGAAUACAAUACGACAGUACACAAAAUGCCACACGCUACUGCCAGGCGAACGGUACAUGGGAGAAGUAUACAAACUAUGAUGCCUGCAUGCAUUUACCCGCGACCGUUACUGUUCCCGAAUUUGAACCAAUUAUAGAAUUGCCGACAAUUAUUUAUUAUAUCGGUUAUACCAUUAGCCUAAUAUCGUUAACGAUGGCAAUUCUCGUUUUUGCAUAUUUCAAGGAAUUACGUUGCUUGCGCAAUUCCAUACAUGCGAAUUUGUUUUUCACUUACAUAAUGUCAGCUUUGCUAUGGAUUCUUACGCUGAGUGUACAGAUAUCUUUACGUAUUAGCUUGGGUAGCUGCAUUAUAUUGGUGGUGCUUUUUCAUUUCUUUACGUUAACAAAUUUCUUUUGGAUGCUUGUUGAAGGCCUCUACUUAUACAUGUUGGUGGUGAAAACGUUUUCCAGUGAUAAUAUACGUUUCAACAUUUAUGUUUUAAUAGGUUGGGGUGGUCCUGCUGUGUUUAUAAUCAUUUGGACAAUUGCCAAAGGCCUGACUCUCUCGCAUGAGAAAGAAGAGAUUGAAAUAAUGGGUUGUCCCUGGAUGCAUGAAACUCAUGUCGAUUGGAUAUUUCAAGGACCUGUAUGCGCGGUGCUCUUAAUAAAUUUAAUUUUUUUAUUGAUAAUCAUGUGGGUCUUGAUAACAAAACUACGGUCUGCCAACACUGUCGAGACACGUCAGUAUCGUAAAGCGGCUAAAGCUUUACUAGUUUUGAUACCUUUGUUUGGCAUAACAUAUCUGGUGGUAUUGGCCGGACCCAACGAAGGUGGCAUUAUGAGUCAUAUGUUUGCUGUAUUGCGUUCGGUGCUCUUAAGCACACAAGGCUUUUCAGUGUCACUUUUUUAUUGUUUUCUCAAUUCAGAAGUACGCAAUGCUUUAAGACAUCACAUAGCCAACUGGCAGGAUCAACGUAACAUUCGAUUAAAUCAAUCGAAACGUUACACUACAAAAAGUUUCUCUAAAGAUAUUUCACCAAAAACUGAAAGCACAAGACCUUUAACAUCGUAUUACGGUAAAGGCAAGCGUGAAUCGUGCGUUUCAUCGACCACCACAACCACUUUAUUAGGUCAACAUCACUCGUUGUCUUUGCAACGCGGUUCGAACGGUGCUUUACAUAUUCUACCCGCCGCCACAGCUUUAGCUGUAAUGCCUCGAGCUGUCAGUCCUUUAAUGAAGGGUUUAGAGGAGAACUCUGUGUAAGGCAAUGAAACUAUA